AUGGCACCGACAAGCACGGCCAUCACCGGCCAGCUACGACAGGUCAUCUACUACCAUCUCGAUAACCUCUCCUACGAGAACGCCCUCUUCUUCGCAGAACGACUGGUCGCCCACGAUCCCCGCUCAAGCGAGUCGGCAUACCUUCUUGCGGUCUGUCACUACCGGCUCGGUGAUCACAGAUCCGCAUACGAGGUUAGCAAGGCCGCCGGCCAUCGUGGAAUCCAUCUGGGUUGCUCCUACAUCUAUGCGCAGACGUGUCUCAUAAUCGAACGGUUCAAAGAUGGCAUCACAGCCUUGGAGAAGUCCAGAGGCCUCUGGUCCCACAAGACCAGCUUUGGGAAGCAUACGGCAACAACCAGGGCUCAGCACCCGGAUCUGGCCAGCGUCUCGUGCUUGCUUGGGAAGCUAUAUCGUGUCUAUGAUGACAAGAAGAAGGCGAUCAUCAACUUCGAGGACUCGUUGAAAGCAAACCCGUUCAUGUGGGAUGCGUUCACCGCCCUAUGCGACAUGGGUGUGAGCGUGAGGACGUCUAACAUUUUCAAGCUAAGCGAGGCCUUGCUGGAAGGUGUGAAUUAUGACCAGCCAAAUGGGAUAUUGUCAGAGCAGAAGGACAGCACUGCAAUAAACCCAAUGGAACCAUUGCCCAAGAAGACCACUGUCCGAUCGGCGGUAUUUGACGCCAUGGACCCCUUUGACCCCAAACGGCCAAACGUAUCACAGGAAAUGCUUCUCGGGAACAACUUCCUCACCGUGGGUUCCGGAGAGAAUGACUUCAUGUCGAAAAUCAACGCAGCUCGCUCUAGAAUGGCGGCUUCGACAGAAACGGGACCCGAUAUUGUAGAAACACCGUCCUCCACAAGUAUCGAUACGAAUAUUCCUCGAAUUGGAUUUCCUCCAGAACCUCCGCAAGCACCAAGCAGGAAGACGAGGAACGCUCAGCCUGUUGAGUCCAGUUUGGUGGAUGCGGCCCCUAGGGUGGGAUAUCGACUUGGCGUGAAGAGGAGUCAGAGGGCACAGGACAAGUCGCACGAUGAAGUCAUGGGCGAGUCAAAUCCAACCCUGCUCAGGGCAUCUGCAUCUGCGGUAUCGGGAAUCGAAAGGAAACGUACAGUCUCCGGACACCCAGUCCAACCGAGACAACAAUCAGAAGAACCGGGUGCCCCACAGAGAAGGAGUGCGAGGAUAAAUAUGUUCAGAGGCACCAACUCGAAGGCCAAUUCCGGUGCCUCGACCGUUGGGGCCGCAGCGACGAGGGAACUGAAAAAGGCUAGGCCCCCGAUAUCCAAGAUCAUGCGACCCAACUCCAGUGGUGCUGGUGUUGGCAGGGUCGUCAGCGGCAACAGGAAGCCCCUUGAGGAGAACGGCAUGGACGUGGAUCAGGCCGAGGCACCAAGGGUGAAGGAGGUUCUUCCCCAGCCCCCGGCUGUCAAACCCGUAGAGCCUGAUACGGUCAAGACGGAAGAGACGUUGAAGUACUUACUUGAGCUUUUGAAGAAAUUCGGCUCGGGGUAUUUCUCUUUGUCCCAAUAUCAGUCUGUUGAUGCCCUGGCAGCCUACACUGCACUCCCCCGCGCGCAUCAAGACACGCCGUGGGUUUUAUCCCAACUCGGGCGGGCAUACUACGAACAAGCCGCAUAUGCCGAGGCAGAGAAGUAUUACAGGAGACUACGCAUACUGGCUCCAACGCGCCUCGAAGACAUGGAGGUGUACUCGACGAUCCUGUGGUUUUUGAAGCGGGAGACAGACUUGUCCUUCCUUGCCCACGAACUAGUCGACUUGUCGUGGCAUUCCCCUCAAGCAUGGUGCGCGCUUGGUAAUGCCUGGUCUCUCGCCCGAGACCACGAGCAAGCAUUGCGAUGCUUCAAGCGGGCAACCCAGCUCAACCCUAAGUUCGCCUAUGCGUUCACACUGCAGGGACACGAACAUGUGUCUAACGAGGAGUACGAGAAGGCUCUUACAGCGUACCGCCUAGCCAUCUCAGCUGACCGUCGUCAUUACAAUGCGUACUAUGGCAUUGGCCGAGUCUAUGAAAAGCUCGGUAGCUAUGACAAAGCUUAUACGCACUUUCACUCUGCAUCGUCGAUCAACCCCACCAACGCUGUCUUGGUCUGCUGCAUCGGCAAUGUCCUGGAAAAGCAACGGCACAUUGUCCAGGCUCUGCAGUAUUUCAGCAAAGCCACUGAGCUUGCCCCUCAUGCCGCGCAGACCCGAUACAAGAAAGCCAGAGCGCUGCUGGCCCUCAACCAGCUGGACGACGCCCAGAAGGAACUUGAGAUACUCAAGACCCUUGCGCCUGAUGAGGCGACGGUGCACUUCCUACUCGGAAAGCUGUACAAGACUCUCAACGAAAAAGGCUCCGCUGUUCGGCACUUCACCAUUGCGUUGAACUUGGAUCCCAAGGCGAGCCAGCAGAUCAAAGAGGCCAUUGAGAGCCUUGAAGACGAGGACAGCUAUGACGACUCUAUGAUGGCAUGA